GACUGGCUGACGCACGCGGCGCGAAUCGAAUCUCCGGCGAUUGAGCAGUGCUUUGCCUUUGCGCAGAUGCGCGGGCUCGUCGAGGAAAACCAGAAGUUCCGCAACAUGCUGCUGUAUCAACAGACGGAGUUUUGUUCCACGCAGCUGAACGAUCACAUCACGUGCGUCGCGCAUGAAGACGGAGACCUGGCUGCCUUUGGAGGCUUUGCGAAAGACGCGAGUCGAAACUGGGCCGGGGUCGAGCGGUGGUAUGCCAUCCACUACCCCAACGCGCUCUGGGUGCGCCCCGAUAUUCACCUGGAUUUCUGCUGCGGACUCCCGAAAACACAAACCGACCGCUUCGACUUGUACGGCCUAACAACAACAACAAGUACAUCGGUGAGCGAUUAUAGUGCGGAGGGCAACAACUCGGGGAACUUUGCGGCCAAAAAGUCUAGCACGAGAACGCCUCGCUGGCAUUUCGAUCAAGUACAAGCGGUUGAGGAAGAGGAACAAGGCGUGGAUUCGUUUUCGUCUACAUUGAAUCACAGUGCAGCUGAAGAAGCAAUACGGCAGGAUGGUACGACGACAUCACCUUUGGCUUCAUCUGAAACAAAUAAAGCCCAACCGCUACAGAAGGCUGCUGCUCCUGUCUUCGAACAGGCCCGGGUCUCCCCGAACUGCGAAAUAUCCUCCUUGGGAAGGCAAUCGUGCGUCCACGACGGCAUGUGCCUCACGCACAGCAAUCGCAUGCUCAUGUAUGCUGAAGAUUCUGACGAGAGACACCAUGCCGACGCAGCUUUCGAUGCUACAAAGACCACGUCUGCUGCAGCUGGGCGAGGAAAGAACAAAAAUAAGAGCAUGAACUAUUUCGGGCAGCUUUUGCUAGCGCCCUGGCGGUCUACGCCGACUUGGGAUACUCGCGCGAAUCCUCGGACGGUGCACGCACUCGAGAAAAGCAUUGGCUUCGACUUCCCGCGCGGCUUCACGUGGGACUUCACCUGGAAGAACAUCGCCUACGGCUGGAGACUUCUCCGACGUCGGAGUAGGGACACGAGUAAGACGAAGACCUCCGGUAUUAAAAGCGAGGAGCAUGAUCAAGCACAAAGUGCAGCGAAUAAGAUGAACACGUUGAUUUUCUCGAGCACGCUGGAACUGCCAUCCGGAAACGUGGUGACCAACAUUUGGCACGUACUGGAGCUGCUCUACGGUGUCUUUUAUCUCAGCACGAAGGAAGCAUCAUUCGAAAGCAUCGUUUUCGCCGACCCCGCGGGUGCCUGGACGCGGCAGACCGAGGUCAACCAGAAGAUCCUGCGCAUGGUUUUCUCGACCUUUAUCUCGCUAGAAACGCGCCGGUUGGUAAAAAUAUUGAACGACGGGGGGCGCGUCGUGUACUACCGUGACAUUAAACAAGGCGACGCAGGAGAACCCGCGCGGUCGUCUCGUAGCACAAAUACGUUGUACGACUCUUUUUUCGAAAAAGUGUUUUUCGACGUUUACACGCAGGCCGGUGUCCAAGACGCGCUCCGAACGUUCCAGGAAGAGUCCCAUCAUGCUCGAGUUGCCGACGUCGACUCUUCGGGUAAACCGAUGCGGAUGUCUCUUCUGUACUUGUCGGAGAACGUGGACGAAAGUGUUGGUCCAGGGGGCCGCGAAGACAAAGGCGAAAAGGAAAACCACGCGAACGCAUCUUUACCUAGCGAGUUCGUGCUCUUCGUUCGCCCUCCUCAACCAGAGGAGGAUACAGAAGACGCCAAUGAACAUCAGCGUGACCAAAGCGAUAAUUAUGCCACCGCCCGCACAUCCGAACAUCAAGAAGGAAGGAGCCAGCCACUUUAUCCUGUGGUGGAAAAGUUACACCAAGCGCACGACCUCCACCGUUUACAUUCCUGUUUCGACGGAAGAGUUCAUUUUCCCGGAACUGGUUCCAUCACUGCCUCGGGGCCGCGAGACGGCGACCUCUGGCGACAAAUGUUGCAAGCAUUCUUUCCGGGUCUGCAGCAGGGGCGGUUUCACGUUCUUUUUUCGCUGCGCGAGAGCCAGGCACAGUACAAGGAGCGCACUUCAACUUCUGGCAAGGGAGGAGGACUAGACGAAAACGAUAAUCAAAGCGGAGCUGCUCAGGCUCCUCAGGCACAAGAACCAAAAGCUGAAAUAAAAGCGUCAGCUGUCAAUUACGACGGAAAGCGCGCGAGGAUUGCAACAGCGCCAGAAUCCCGGAUUCGCUUUGGACGGGAGAUCGUGAACCAGGACGAGAUCCUCGAGCGAGUGCGGGAUUUUCUCCGAGGCAAAAGGAAAGGCGACGAGAGCCAAGAAAGUACGAGAACCGGUACAACUAGUGGCACGCAGCUGAAGAUCCACUACGGUUACGAACCCUUCGAAGAACAGCUGGCCUUGUUCGCGGGCGCGGGUCUCUUGGUGCACGUGUUUGGGCAAGCCAGCGCCUGGAUGGCCUUCAUGCCCAAAGACGCGAUGGUGCUCCUGUUGUAUCCGGAGAAAACCAUGCUGGAAACCUACUAUGGAACGACAAAUUCUGCGGUGUUCCGCGAGGUUCAGGUGGACCGAGUAGCCAUGCCGCUGCGGCUGUACAACAACCAAGACGAGAAACGACACCUUCCUAGCGGUAGCGAGAUCAAGUCUUUGGAACCGCUCUGCGACCUGACGCAUCCCGGGCGGCACGCACACAAACUGAUGUACCCCUGGGUGCACUCCGAGGUAUGGAGUGUCAUGAAUGUGAGCGCCGGAAUCUUGUCCAUUCGCACGGGACCCCACUACGAAUUUCUCAUGCGUCACUGCAGCUAUGUGCUGGACCCGGACCGUUUUAUGCGAAAGUUUCAAGAUCUCUGGCCUGCAGCUUUCCUGCAUGAAGACAGUGCUGGAGGAGACGGGAGCGGACGAGGCAAGGACAUUGAAAGGGGAAGGAGCGUAAGUCUGCGCCAAAGUGCUAGUUUUGGAGGAGAAGAUUAUGACCCAGCACGACCUACGGCAUCACCAUUGUCCACUUUUUUCUUCCGAGAAGCUCGCUCCGACAUCCAUCAUGACGGCCAGGCAAAGCGGCAGUGCUCUACUGCAGACUGGAGCCCCACCCCACUUUGUAGAUUGGACCCAGCGCCGCAAAGCGGGACAGUCCGCAUAAGCUUGACCCAAGUCCUGCAGCAGCUCGGGAUGGAGGAAUUUGAACCUCGUACAAACAGUGCGCUAUCGAACAACUCGGACGGAGGCACUCGCACAGAGGCUUCGAUGACCACAAGCGCAAUAGGUUCAAGGCCUGAGUGCGCAAUAGACCUGGAUACCGAUCUGCACAAGCUAGUACCUGCCGAGCAGCAUAUUGGCCUUGCAGGCCUCGUUCUUUUCACGCAUCGACGACAGUCGCAAAAGCCAAACUCCUACAGCACCUCUUCGUGGGACCUUUUCGCAGAUCUUUACGGCAUGUUUCGUGCGCGAAUGCGGCACAAUGUUCGAUCUUGGCGGUCGCUGGUGCUCAUUGAAGAGGUGCGGGACGAAGAUGCGGAGGUCACGUCAACACCAAUAAGCGAGACAGAUGCGGUUGCAGAUGAAGAUGUAACACGAAACACUUCGACUUCGGAGUCCUCCCGUGUACUGUUCGAAAUGUGUGCCGGGCAGAAGCUUGCGGAAUUUUCCACUCUUGUGAAGAUUUUUGUGCACCAGAAACGGCGUGCCGUGACCGUAGUCGUUUAUCGGUCCCGAUCGAGAGACGCCAGCAGUGUCACGGAAGAAAACAAAAUCUUGCUUCCUCGCUUUCGGGAUGACGUUUUGUUACGUAACCUUUCAGGAAGAGUCAGCGCAGAAGCUCUAGUCGACCGAUUGGCGCGACACAAGGCGGGCGGCGGGGAAGCCAAAGAUGAUGACGGCGUGGAGGGUCUGAGGAAAGACACUGCUACAUGUGGUCGUGCAGCUGAAGAAGAUUCAAAGACACACUUGAUCUCCGCAGGUGAGACAGGCGAGGAGAUCCAGCUUUUUUCUCUUCAGAAUCAUGAGCAAAGCCAAAGCGCCGCCGGUCCGUCUACGACGAUAAUGCGAGAGAUCCAAUUCGAGUCGCGGGCCCGUCUGGUUUUCGCCGGUGAUUCGAGUUCUGGCAGAGGACCUGAGACGACAGCAGAGAUGUCGGAGCAGCAGGACGAGCGGAAAGAAGAUGAACCGCGAGAAAAAUACAGAUACCAUUUUCCCGCCAGCGGCAUGCGCGAUGCUCACUACUGGCGCGCGUACCUUUCCAAGGCCGGAUACGUUGACGAGGGCUUCCGCAGGAUGCAGGUGGUACUCGACUUAACGCCGGGUAGUUGCCGGUUGGAAGGCCAUGAUCCGGAUCGUUGUGAAGGUGCAGGGACUUCAAAUCCGCAAGACACGGCGUACCGGAUUUCCGCUGUCGCACAGAAACAGGUUCGCGACGUUAUUCAGAACCAUCUCUCGCUCUUGCACGAUCCUGACGGUCACUACUUCUUCAUUGCGCCGGCCAAAUCGCAGCUAAUAGAUUUGACGCAAGGAGAUGCUCUUGCCGCUGGUGCAGGAGCAGUUCCUUCUGCAGCUAACAAGAGCGGGACGUCGAGUAGUGGUGCUUCUUUGUCGCGAAGAAUGCAGAUUUUCUCCCAGUGUGCUGUGUAUGUGACUACUUUGACAAAGGCGACGCUGCAGUAUGCCGCCUUCAUGCCGGAACAUGCCAUCGUCAUGUUGUUGUAUCCACCGGAUGUUCAUGGCCACUACGAUCGCAGCGGUUUUUUCAGCUUUCUCCACUCCCUUAACUUGGCCCCGUCGAGGUUUCGGGGGCUGACGUCUCGCCGACCAGUUGAGGAGGAUGCGGUGGCAGGUUCGUCGACGGAGGAUGAGCAGCUUCAUACCCGCGUGUAUGAUAUCAACGUCGAGGAUUUCUUAGUCGAUUUCCGGUUGGCGUACUCGCAGUCAGCAGCGUACAUCCACCUCUCGGACUACCAAAUGCAACACUACGGGCGGCAAGCGUCGGACUUCGCGAGUACCUGCCGUAGUUCCUCUUCUACCUCCGCUGUUGCUGGCGAAGGCGACGAAACUGCGGAACCUGCCACUUGUCCCGCGGACCGGCCGUUGAGCUGGAACCAGAGAGUCGGAAAGUAUUGCUACGUGGACUACGAUAGUCUUGUUGGCAAGGAAAGCGCUUUGAAGCAGCUCGUGCACCAGCAGCGCGCUUACGUCUGGGAGCGGGAGCUCAUGAAGCGACUCGAUCUGGAGCAAAUUGCUAUUGAGUUUCAACACCGUGUGCAGACAGAUCCACCGGGGUACUAGAUGUGUAGCAGAACGCGAUCCUUGCUGCCGCAUGCUCCUGCUCGAUGUCGACAACUUCAACCUGUAGUGAAUGCGGCGCGCAUCAUGAUCCUUGUGCCCAGUUAUAAAUAUAUCUUCGGUGCUCCUUGGAUAGAAGCUUGAUUGCUUCAUGCAUCCAU